AUGGGAGUGCCAAUUGGGUUGGUUCUUUUUAUUGAUGUUUGGAAUAAUUCUAUCAAUGUCUUAGGUUACAAACAAAAUGUGAAGGACAUUGUGCAGGAUGCUUUGUUUCCUGAAUCUGGACUGAAUUUGGGAAUCGGUCAUGGAGGAGGAGCCGGUGGACUGGUGGUUGUUCGCAACAUCAACUUGUUCUCAUACUGUGAGUCUUGCUUGCUUCCCUUCAGCAUCAAGUGCCAUGUCGGUUACAUUCCUUCUGGAGGGCGCGUCGUUGGCCUAAGUAAGCUCUCGUGCACCGCAGAUGUAUUCGCGAGGAGGCUUCAGGAACCUAAAAGACUCGCAAGUGAAAUCUGUGCGGCAUUGCAUAGCAGCAUUAAACCAGCUGGUGUGGCUGUUGCUCUUCAAUGUCGCCACAUGAAGCUGCCCGAAGACCAUUCAAGUGAUAUCGAUUCUACUCAUUCAACCGUAUCAGUUUCUUCAAGGUCUGGAGAUUUUAAAGAAGAGAAAAGCUCUUUGUGGGAUGACUUCUCAUUUCUUCUAAGACUAAGAGGUGUAGUCAUCGAAAGAGAAGAUACUGACAAUUCUCAUGUUUAUCCUUGGUGCCCCUUAAGGUCUCCGGAGCUGCCUCAGUCGAAUGGGCAUUGCGUGAGAAACACCAAAAAUGGAAAGGUUUCUUCCAGGACAGCAGUUUCACAGUCACAAGCUUUGCUAUUUCACAGUCACAAGCUUCUAUGA